GUUUUUAUAAUUUUUACUUUAUUUAGAUUAAAAUCUUAUAUUAAUUGACAUAAUGAGAGUAUAAAAUUUUCAUUCUUGAUAAUUAUUUUUGUGUAUCACAAAUAAAAUGGCGAACAAUUUGAAUCAAGUUCCGAAUAUGCCAACAAUAGGUUCGUUGAAUGCACAAGGGGGUAUACAAUACGCAAACAACCCUUUACAAAGCCCCCAGCUUCAGUCCACAUCACUUCAGGGCUCUCCGUCACAACACAGCCCUAUGGGACAGUCUCAAGUCGGUAAAAUCAACCAAAGUGGUGAUCAAACAACACAGAUUCUUAGUAAGCCAAGAUUACAAGAACUGGUGCGAGAAGUGGAUCCCACUGUACAGUUAGAUGAGGAAGUAGAGGAAAUGCUGCUCCAGUUGGCCGAUGACUUCAUUGACACAACCCUGAACGCUUCAUGUUCGCUCGCAAAACACAGACAUGCUCCGACAGUGGAGCUCAGAGAUGUACAAUUACAUCUAGAAAGACAAUGGAACAUGUGGAUACCAGGCUUUGGCAAUGAUGAACUUCGGCCAUACAAGAGGGCUGCUGUUACAGAGGCACACAAGCAGCGCAUGGCACUCAUUAGAAAAACUAUUAAGAAAUAUUAAGUUAAACAUUAUAGUAAGUUAAUUAAGUAUUUUGUAAUUGAAUUCCACUAACAGGGUCCACAAUGUGGAAUGUGUGAAGAAGCAAUAAAAGUUUUGUCUUUAGCUGAUGUUACAAAAGUUACUCUAAGGAU